ACCAGGGGUGGACUGACCAUUCAAGCACUGCCCGAGGGCCCAGGGUCAGCAGGGGGCCCCAUGGAAUGCCCCGGUACCUGUUAUAGGCUUUUAUGGGUGUGCUUUGAGUGUGGGACACAGGGGCCCCAUGAUCCCCUAUUGCCCGGGGGCCCCAUGAGUUGUCAGUCCACCCCUGCGACAUACCGAUAUGCAUGUUUGAGUUUGGGCAAGGACACAGGGGCCCCAUGAGUUGUCAGUC